AUGCUGUCUUCAUUUCUCACUGAAAACCUAAAAGGUGUCAGUAAAUCAUUCAAUGAAGUUGUCAAGUGUAACAUUGGUGAUUGUCAUGCUACUGGCCAAAAAGCUAUAACAUUCAUCCGUCAAAUUGCUUCACUUGUCACCUAUCCUCAAUUACUCGAAGAUGAAGACUUUUCUGAGGAUGCUAAAACGAGAGCUAUGUCUGUGCUUACUGCUUGUUCAGGUUCUAGCGUAGGUUCCUAUAGUCAUUCUCUUGGCUUAGAAGUGGUACGCAGAGAUGUGGCAAAUUACAUACAUCAACGAGAUGGUAUUCACUCUAACUGGGAAGAUAUUUUUCUUUGUAAUGGAGCCACGGAGGCGGUUAAGGUACUACUUCAGAUGGUUUCCUCCACUGGUCAAGGCAGUGCACGAGCAGGCGUUAUGAUUCCGAUACCACAGUAUCCACUAUAUUCAGCUACCAAUUCCGAAAACAAUAACUUCCAGAUCAAUUACUAUUUAGAUGAAAGUGACAAUUGGUCAUUGUCCGCAAAUGAAUUGAAACGUGCACUAACCGGUGCGAAAGGAGAAUGCGUACCAAAAGCUAUAGUUAUUAUAAAUCCAGGGAAUCCAACAGGCCAAGUCCUUCCACGUAAAUGUAUGGAAGAUGUCAUUAAAUUUGCAGUUGAAAAUCGAUUGUUGUUAAUAGCUGAUGAAGUCCUAUCUGAAAUGGGACCAAGUUAUGCAGACAAACUGGAACUGGCCUCGUUAAUGUCUUGUAGCAAAGGCUACAUGGGAGAAUGUGGUUUUCGUGGAGGUUAUUGCGAAUUGGUAAAUUUUGAUCCAGUCGUAAAGGUACAGCUCUUCAAAGCUCUUUCAGCCCGAUUAUGUCCUCCUUUAAUGGGUCAAGUGGUAAUGGAAGCUGUUGUAAAUCCACCGAAGCCAAAUGAACCGUCAUAUUCUAUUUUUGUUAGAGAACGUGAUGAUGUAUUGAAUGCGUUAAAAGAAAAAGCUAAUAUAACCUACAAUGCUCUAAAUACUAUGCCAAAUAUGUCUUGCAAUCCAGUCCAAGGGGCAAUGUACGCCUUUCCACGUAUAUAUUUACCAACAAGAGCAGUCGAAGAAGCUAAGAAAAGAGGACAAGCUCCAGAUUUCUUUUAUUGUUUACAACUGUUAGAAGAAAAAGGUAUAUGUGUUGUCCCCGGUUCAGGUUUUGGACAAAAGGAAGGAACAUAUCAUUUUAGGACAACCAUUCUACCUUCUGUUGAAAAAAUGAAGUAUGUUAUGAAACAGUUAGAAGAAUUUCACAAAGCUUUCAUAAGCAAAUAUUCCUAA